AUGGCAUUUGAUAUACAGAAGGAUCAUGUUAAGCCUCUGAUUAUACGUCGGGAAGUGUUGAUUCGGACUAGAAAAGAGGACGUGAAAGUUGAUGUGCCAUCGAUGGCACCAGGAGUUUCUGGGUUACAACAAGAUCUCAACCAACUGCGACGAGAUUUUGAGUCUAAAUCUUCGCCACAAGUCAAUGUUUGGCCACGUCCUCAAUUGAAAUCGACAAUAUCUGAAACACCAUCGUCCAUAUCGUCCCACGGGAGUCUCCGGAGUAUAUUCUCUAGAAAUAGUUCUAUCAGCAGCUCUACAACCAUCUCUACUUCUAAUGGCACUGAAGUACUCCUUGCUGAUACAGUAUCAAGGUAUGAUUGAGCCAGGCUUCCAGAUGGUAACCAACAAUUCUAAUACGGUUCAGUAAACUCCGACUUCCACAUAGAAGUAAGCCCAAGAAGUCAGUGGGCUUCCGAGUUGAGACGCAACAGGUCACCUUAGUUCCAAAGCCUGAACCAUGCCAACCACAACCAAUACAACCACAAGUUACGACUGAGAUCAAAGACUUGUGUUCUGCAUUACAGUCUCCAAACACGACUACUUCAUGUUUUGGAUAUCUGUGUGAUGAUGAAGAUCACCAUCAUGAAAUCAUCCAACUUGGCGAUAAACCUCAAGGGAUGAAUGAAAUGAAGUCGGUCAGCCUCGAACAGCUAUUAGGAAGCAGAAAGCUGAAUCGCCGACAACGGUACAUCAUUGCGACUAUACUUGCCUCUUCCUUACUCCAACUUGGAACAACCCCUUGGAUGACUCAAAAGAUGGAAAAACGAAGCAUCUUUUUCGAUCAAACCGAAUCGAACGUUGACCUAGAACACCCGUACAUCCGACAUUCAUUCCUCUCUUCCAAGAAACAUAACGCGGCCCAAGAAAAUAACAAUGAUCCACCAGUCACCCGAUUUGCUGCAAGAAAUAGCCUUGCAAAUCUAGGCAUUCUACUCGAACUCUGCUUUUAUCAGCCCGUAGAGAGCUAUGCUUCAUGGAGCGAUCAUCUUGUAAAUGGUACUCCUCACAGUGCAAUAGAUUAUAUGACGGCUCGCGACUGGGUUGAUUCCGUCGGUGGGCAGGAACCAGAACUAGAGCCCAUCAUAAGAUGCUGCGUGUCGUGCAGUUUCGAAGGAACCGCGGAUUGGGAGAACAAGAAUUUCGUCCGGGCUGUUUAUAGCAGUGUAAUAGCACCACUUGAGAAAGUCAUUGCUAGUCGGACUGUAUCUUGAGUUUGUCAAGCCAUGAGGGAUUGUAUCGUCAUUGACCUGGGGUAACUAUAGCAGUCACAACCCACGUGGAGUUGACAUCUAUUUGAAUACAUGGGAGCCAGUUCAUCAGAGCAAAGGAGAAGGGAAACGAUGGAGGAUUGAAAUAUCCGGGCCAAGAACUUGAAGAUGAAGAAGGUUGGGGAGGAAGUAAAGGAGCCGUUAUUAGUGAAGAAUAGGAAGAUUCCACAUGGUUUAUAGCAAUUUUACUA